CAAUCAGCAGAAACGACACCGAGCAUUUCCUUGGACCGAGCGGCUGCUCGACCACAGCUGCAGUCGCCUCUUGCCUUCAGGGCGGAAGCGCUCCUGGAGGAGCCAUGGAGGCCGAAAUAUUAAAGUUAAUCUGCGCUAAUCAAGGAGCUGUUGAUGCUGACGAGUUGAUGUUAAACCUUUUCCCAGGGCAGUCCACGACUGAGUUGAUUUCCAACCAUAGCAAGUUUGCCUUGUGUUCCAGUAAAGGGAAGCAGAGAGUGGUGGCCAGGACCAGCCUGAGACUGUGCAGGAAGAAAGACUGUCCGGGGACGUGCGAGGGUCUACACCUGUGUAGAAACUUCCUCUUCUCCGGCUCCUGUCACUUCCUACAAAGAAGAGGCUGCAGUUUCCCCCACGUUCUGAACUCUGACUACAACCAACGGCUGCUGGAAGAACAUGAGCUGCAGGGCCUGAGCAGGGCGGAGCUGUGUACGCUGCUGCUGCAGAGCGACUUCACCAUGCUGCCUCCUAUUUGUUUUGAUUACAAUAACGGUGAUGGAGUAUUUGGCCGGUGUGCGAGCGGCGUAGAUUGUGAAAGACUCCACAUCUGCGAGAAGUCCCUGACCCAAAGCUGCAACUGCUUCAGGGCCCACGACUUUACUGCUUUUCAGCCGAAGAAGAUCCUGCAUGAUAAGAUGGUGCCCGACGACAUGCUUCGCUCGUUGAGGUCCGUUUACUCGAAUCGAGAAGCGUUGAGGUACUAUAACAGAGGCGAAGCUGGUAGGGGUCACAGGGGCAACGGCAGCUCCAACGAUGGGCCGAAUUCAAGUCGCAGGCCAGGCUACAGAGGGAGAGGUGGCAAUAGGGGCAACCGGGGGCCCAGAGGUAGAGGUAUGAGGGGCAGCAGGGGCAAUAGAGGAAACUCCAAACAGCAAGAAACAGCCACCCCUAGUGACCUCUUGGGGGACCUUGAUUGGUGGGCUACUGUCACUGGAGACAAACUUUCUGAAACCAAGAGUGAGCAAGGAGAUUUCAGGUCAUCCAGCAGUGACGUCUCUGCUGCUGGCUACGACUUCGAUUCAAGAAGUGACUGUGGUUUCAAUACGGAGCAGAGGCAGUGGAACCGAGGGAGAGGGAGAGCUGCCCACAGGGGGUUCAGAGGAACCAGGGGCCCGAGGGGAAGCAGAGGGGGCAGCGGAAACGGAGGUAACGACCUCACGCAGCUACGAAGCACGUCCUUUGGUGACAUCUGGGAUGAGUUCAGUGGCUUGAACCUGCACACUCAAAGCAAGAGUACCCCGGCAAGUUUUAAUUCGUCAAACAGUGACGUCUCUGCUGACGACUCCGAGGCGAGCAGCAAUAGGAGGAAAAAGCGCAGUCGAAAUCGCAAUCAGACUUCAGCGAAUAAAGGGAGAGGCGGCAACCAACCAGGGAUGCGAAGGGCGUCCGCCGUCGAUGAAAUGAUUGGUGCUGCUGGUGGUCAAGAAGGAAAUGGAGCAGAUGACCAGAAAGGCAGACAAAGAAACAAGCCUGUCAAAGAUAAAACCGAGAUAUGCAUGUACUUCAUUAAAGGCUACUGCAAGCAUGAUGACAAAUGUUUUAAAGCUCACGACAAGAUGCCGUACAGAUGGCAGGUCCAGGAAGGAGGCCAGUGGAACGCCUUGCCUGAUAACGAGACAAUCGAAAAGGAAUACUGUGAUCCCAGCAACUCGUACAGCAGCGGCAGUCCGCCUGUUCAUUUUGACACCAUGACGCGUGGAGAGAACAAAGUGCGACGGCUCACUACGGUGAACUCUUUGGUUGAGCCGACCUUCAUUCACACCACGGAGUGGCUCUGGUACUGGCAGGACGAGUUUGGAAAGUGGAACAUGUACGGUUCAGAUAGCGCCAGAGGGAAAUCAUCAGAUAUCAGAAGUGAAACUCUGGAGCAGAAGUUUCUGGACAAUGAGAGCGAAGUGGAGUUCUCUGCUGGCUCCCAGUCUUAUUCUCUUAGUGUCCAGGACAUGAUUCAAACUAAUAGGCAUUAUGGUACUAAGAGGCUUGUGAGCAGACGUCCUCGGUUCGUCUCUGCCGCUGAUGUCCGAACCAAGAAAGUGAGAAAGCCUGCAGAAAAUUCUUCUCCCAUGCCAGACCACUGGGACAAGGCGCACAUCCCUCCAACAGGAUUCUCGAGAGUUGCCGUCCCGCGCACUUCGGAUGAAUUUCAAAAGAUUGAAACACUUUUUCGAACAACCUUGAGAGGCUUCGAUAUUAUGAAGCUAGAGAGGAUUCAGAACAAGGCGCUCUGGGAAGUCUUUCAGUGGCAAAAGACUCAGAUGAAGAACAACAACAGCGGACGUGAGGUGGAAGAAAAGCAACUUUUUCAUGGGACUGACUCGAAACACAUUGGCGCCAUUUGUCUCAACAACUUUGACUGGAGGAUCUGUGGAGUUAAUGGAACAGCUUAUGGCAAAGGAAGCUACUUUGCUCGGGACGCUAAAUACUCCCACAGCUACACCGGUGACUCUGAUGUCAAAACCAUGUUUGUGUCUCGUGUCCUGGUGGGCAGCUACACAAGAGGGGACUCCAGCUACGUCCGACCUCCUUCCAAAGACGGUGGAGACAUAAACUUCUACGACAGCUGCGUCAACGACAUCGCAAAUCCUUCCAUUUUUGUUGUCUUUGAGAAGCACCAGAUCUAUCCUGAGUACCUGCUGACGUACAAGACCACACACCCGCUGGUUGACAUAUUUAGUAGUGCACCAGUGUAUCAAGGCAGCGCAGCGUCGAAUCAAGCCAGCUCUUCAGACAGUUCCUGCGUCAUAGCCUGAGCACAGCUAUGAAGUAAGACUUGGGUGUUAACAGUGGAGGAAGUUUAAUUAAUUUUUUUUCAAAAAUCAUCUGAAACAAAAAUAUGCCAGGUAAUGAUGUCUUUUGGUAAACUCAAAGAAAUAUUCACCACACACGUCUACAAUAUUAAAAAUUAUGGAAGUGAAAAAAGUACAAGUGCAGACUAAAAUGGACAAUUAAGUGACACGUCAGAUGGUCACUCAUACAUAAAGUACCGACGCUGGACCGUAACUGUGAAAUGGACUUUGUACAUGAAGGGCAUUCAUCCAUCAGGUCCACAAAAACACGACUGACUGUCGUCACUGGUGUUUGCAUCCCAACUCCAGCGUGCUUUGAGGUACAACGGAGAUAUAUCGAUAGAAUCUUCAACAGUCAAAGCAAAAACUGUCUAUUUGAGGAUUCCAAAAAAAAAUCUCAUAAGCAAUAUUUUUUAGACCUCUUUAUCCAGAGGAUGGCGCUGUGAUGCUGCUACGAUAAAAACAAGCGUAGCAGUAAACACCAGAAGGCGACAUGGAGCAGGCGCAUAAAGCUUGUGCCAUGGAGCUAUUACAAUCGAUUUGAAAACAUUUAGUUUUGGAUUGCCACAUGAUAAACACAGGAGUGGCAUUUCACAAUGUUUUUCAUUCUGAUACAUGUUUCCAGCUGUUAACAGUUCAUUCCUUUGUGGACAAAAAGCUGAAACAAUAAGAACAAAAGUUCAGCAUUCUCAAAGCUCGUUCCCGCGUGAACGACAACCAACGACAAUUUAUUUUUGAGAAAGUGGACUCUUACUACUUCAAUGUAGGAGCGCCCAAUGAAUCAGAUCAGACAAGUCCAGAAUUCUUGCACUGAUUUGACUGGGACACACCAUGAACAACAAAGUGGUUUCUAACCGCCCUAACUUGGCACGUUUAAUAACGUACGUCAUGUAUCGUCAUGCAUCAGGAAGCCGCAUCGCAUUAACAAUAUCGAUGGUUGGCGUGUGGGAAAAGACCAUGAAAGUAAAAAUGUAGUGUUGAUGAAUAGACACUAUGUUGGUCUGUCAUCAACUAUUAAGAAGUGAUAGAAACUUUUGUUUGUCUGUAUUUUUAACAGUUCAUUGGUUUCUUUUUGUGCAUUCUGCUCUGUCUUCUCAAAGCCGGUUGUGGCAGACGACCGCUUGCACUGAGUCAGGAUCUGGUUCUGCUGGAGGUUCCUUACUCCUGGUAAACAGGAAGUUUUCCUAUCCUCUGUCCCUACAUUCAUGCUCAGUAUGAGGGACUGCUGUAAAGUCAACAACAAAACAGAAGUGCUGGAUGCUGAUCCAGGAGGAGGGAAUGCCACAAGCCAUUCGGCAUUCCCUCCUCCUUAGGUUGGGUCUCGCUUCCAUAGAUAGGAACGUUUAAUCAACUUUGAAUAACUAUCUGAGCGUCCUCAAUUAGUUAUUGUGUGUAAUAACUAGGAUCAACUGGAAUGUGUGUGUGAUUGAAGUGAAAUUAUUUUUUUUGUUUUUUUGUGAAGUGCCUUGGGACUUUACAAAAGGUCAGGUUGUUGUGACUUGGUGCGAUAUAAAUAAACUAAAUUGAAAUGAAUUUAAAUGAUCUUCUACUGGCCAGUAGAGGGGGACAAACUGUUUAUUUGGAAAUACGUCAUACAUUGAUUGGUCUGAUUGACGGUUGAGGCAAAUGAAUGAUUUGAGUUUAGAACGAAGUGAGAAAAUCUUAUGUUUCUGUCAAAUGUUCUGUUGCUUUAAUACUAAUCAUAUUGUGCUUUUAGAGUCAUGUAAAUUGAAAAAAAAAACUUAAAGACGUUUUAAAGUGCUGCUUCCUUGGAGCUGCAGUCUCCUUCUACGUAAUGAUAAAUUGCAUCAGAGGUUGGUUAAACAACAUCUGAGAUAGAAACCAUCCAAGUUUUAGAUUAGAAAAUACGGGAAUUGUCGCCGUCCUGUGGUACAGUACUGUCGGGCUUGUGGAGGAUUAAACUAAUGUAAAGAACUAAUGUAACACUUGAACACUAAUACUGGAGCCCGGCGAGAAAAGGGGGGUAAAAAAUUCUAGUUUCUCGACCAAAAUGGGAGACUUUACAUUUACAGGAGGGUAAACUCCAAAAAUAGGAUCUUUGUGCUCGCCAACGCCUCCUCUGACAUGACAGAUUAUUGCACUCAAGCUUGUGUCUAGUUGUCUAUAUGCCGUUUGGUUUGUUGUUGUUGUUUUUGUUUGUUUUUGGUUCGAUGCCUUGACAACCUUCACUUUUACAGCAUCUUCUGUUUCUUAUUUAUCUUGUUCAGAACUGUGGCGGUUAAUUACCAAGACCUCUAAACCUUAUAAGGAGUUUUUGUUGGUCAAUUCUCUUUGUUAAUUAUAAUCAAAUUACACAGAAUUAGAGCAAUAAAUACUUAACCAGAACUGCUUUUCGUGAACCACUAAAUUUAUGUGUCCCUUUUAUAAAAAGAAAUAUCAAAAUAUAAAAAAUAAGGGCUCCUUGAUUUUUAUUUUUAUUUUCAUUAAAUAUAUUAAGUAAUGACUUGAAUUGAGUUUUUUCCAAAUCUUGAUGUAAAGUCAUGCUUUCUUCCUGGGUCAUUUCAAAAUAAAGUUGCUUCCUGUUAUGA